AUGAAGUCGUCCGUGACGAACUUAGCAAGAGCUGAAAACCAGGAGAAGCUGAAGGGUUUCCGUAGAUUCAUCUUGGGACUCAUGAUCGCCAUGCCUGUGAUUACCCUUUGGUUAGGAUGCUGGCAAGUGAAGCGUCUUAAAUGGAAAGUCGACCUCAUUGCACGUUGUGAACACUUAUUGGCGGAGCCUCCAUUGGAGAAACUACCCCAGCAGUUGGACCCUGCCGUGAUACCCGAAUACGAGUACCGUCGCUUCAAGGUGAAGGGACACUUUGACUAUAACCAGGAACUUUUCUUAGGACCUCGUAUCAGAAACGGUGAGGUAGGUUACCUCCUUGUCACUCCUUUCGUACGCUCUGACGGUGGUAAGCCUAUCCUUAUUGAUCGUGGAUGGAUCGCAAAGGAGAAGGUCAUCCCUGAAACACGUAAUAAGGGUUAUUUGUCCCACUUGGCUCUUCCUCAAGGUGAAAUCGAGAUUGAGGCCAUGUUCAGAACAAUGCCUAAGAAGUCUAAGAUGCAAUAUGAACACGAGCCGGGCACUAGAUUAUUCCACAUUCGUGAUGUCAAGGCUAUGGCUAUUGAGACUGACAGUUUGCCAAUCUACGCUCAGAUGAUGUACUCAUUGAAAGACAAACAGGAAUGGGAAGGCCCUAAUGAAACCCCAGAGAAGAAAAGCUCGUGGAAGAGUCUUUUUACGAAAGAUAAACAAGGCAAAAAGGCCGAACACUUACCUGAAUCAGACACUGACACUACUCUUCAAUACCAGGAGUUUGAAUUCGUUAACCAAGGUGUGCCAAUUGCAGCCGUUCCUAAAGUCAACUUCACUAACAACCAUAUGCAAUAUUUGAUUACUUGGUUUGGUAUCUCCAUUGCUAGUACAGCUCUUCUUUUCUGGACUUUCUACAAGAAGAGAGGAACCAGCAGUGCUGAGAAGGUUAUUGAUGCAAAGAGAAAGGAGAUGAAGAAACAUUUCUAA